AUGUUGAAUAAAUCAAAAUCGAAUCGAAUCAACGGUUAUUAUGUUUUCGGUAAAAACAAUUCGAAACUUGUCCGAGAUCUGCUUGAUAAAUUUGAUCUCGAUCGAUACGACACGAUUCCCCUCGGUGGCGUGAAAUUCAAUUGGAUCACACGUUCAAGUGACAUCGAUUGGAAUAGAUUCGAUUCCAAUUUUCAAAUUCUCAAUCAUAUAUUCAACGAAAAGCAAGUUUCAAACAAAGGCCUAUUAUUGAAAAACCUGAGAACUUACUUCAAAAGCAAAUCGAAUAUUUUGUUACAAAAGUUUCUCCCUGAAACGUAUUUGUUAGAUAAUCUGAUCGAUCGGAUCAAUUUCAAGAAGAAUUUCCAGCAGAAUUCAUUGUGGAUAUGCAAACCAGUCGGACUUUCCUGUGGAAAAGAAAUCUUUCUCUUCCGUUCAGAAGAACAACUCGAAAAUCAUCUCAAACAGUAUCAACAAAGAGAUUUGUAUUCGAAUCGUCUCGUUCAAAGGUACAUCGAAAAUCCUCUACUUAUCAAUCAACAAAAAUUCGACAUUCGCACAUAUUUCUUAUGUAUUUGUUUAUCCAACGAUGUUUUAUGCUUUGCCUGUCAAACGGGAUAUCUUCGUUUAUCGAUGUACCAAUUCAAUUUAGAAGAUUUGAAUAAAUUCAUUCAUUUAACUAAUCAAACGAUUCAAAAUAAAGAUGAAAACUUUCCUUCAAAGAAAAAUAUGACAGGAAUGACUAUAGAGGAGUUCAAUGAAUAUUUCAACGAUGUGAUUCAACCGAAUACGAUGGGAAUAGACAAAGAUUGGGUAAUUCAUCAAUUACCUAAACAAAUCACGAAUAUUCUUCAUCAAGUGGCCUAUGCGAUUAGAAAUCAAUUAACUAUUCAGGAAGGUUGUUUUGGUUAUUAUGGAGUCGAUAUUUUAAUCGAUGAGAAACUGAAUUGUUGGUUAUUAGAAAUUAAUAGUGGACCAACGUUGGAUAUGACCAAUCAAGCACUGGAGAAAGUCAUUCCAAUGUGUUUAAAUGAAGCAAUUCGAAUUGUGAUUGAUACGCUGGAUAACUAUCGUGAAAAUGGUUCGGCAUUUCCUCUUCCAGAAUCGAAACUAUUCAAAUAUCUUCCAUUUAAUACUUCUUCGAUUUUAUCGAAUCAAAUUGCGAGUUUUGUUUCUAUAAAUUCGCAAUUGAUCGAUCUCACACCUGGAGUCAAUCUUUCAAAACGUCGGUAUCGUCGAUUAUAUUCACAGAGAUAUCGAUCGCAAUCACGUUUAUGA